AUGAGCAUUCGUAUCAUGGACUGUAGACCCGAAUGGAGGAUCGCAGACCCGUACAUUUCUUUGACCAAGAUACUUUCAGAGCAGUACAUACCAUUUCUGCACAUGCGCAUGCAGCUAGCAUCUCUAGAGCACCUUGUGCAUGCAGAUGAGAAGACUGGCUCCUUACAGUUGUCACCUAGGAUUGGUCGAUACAACCUCCGUUUAGACACCGCUGUCCACUUGCUUUUAGUGUUCUUCUUAUAG